AUACAUAUCCCCAACAUUCCCAUUCUUCCCAACACAAUCGCUAGUAAUUAAUUAAUAUUUAUGGAGUUCAUGACGUCAGCCAUCUAUGGCGCAAUCGCCAUACUCCUCCUCUAUCGUUACCUUCAGCGCCGCUCCAAAUCUCCACUCCCCAAAGGCACCAAAUCUCCGCCGGAGGCCGGCGGCGCGUGGCCGAUUAUAGGGCAUCUCCACCUCAUGAGCGACCGGCCUUCCCCAAAACUCCCCCACUUCAACCUCGGCGCGCUAGCUGACAAAUACGGGCCGGCUUUCACCAUCCGGCUCGGCGUGCGGCGCGCGCUGGUCGUCAGCUCCUGGGAGCUCGCCAAAGAGCUCUACACCAAGCAUGACGUGGCAAUCUCGUCGCGGCCGUUGGUCCGCGCCAACAAACACUUGGGCUACGACUUCGCACAAUUCGGGAUCACUCCGUACGGUCCGUACUGGCGCGAAAUCCGCAAGCUAGCCAACGUCGAGCUGCUUUCGAACCGGCGCGUCGAGCUCAUGAACCACGUGCGCUUGUCGGAACUCGGACACACCAUGAAGGAGCUCUACAGGGCAUGGCAGGACAGCAAGGAUCCAUCGGGACAGCUCCCCGUCGAAAUGAAACAGUGCAUCGGAGACAUGAAUCUGAACAUUGUCCUAAGCAUGGUCGUCGGAAAGAGAUUCUACGGCGACACGCCGGAGACGAAGCAGUGCCGCCGCCUCAUGAGGGAGCUCUUCUAUUACUCGGGGCUGUUCGUCCCUGCCGACGCCCUGCCCUAUCUCAGUUGGUUCGACUUCGGCGGGCUCGAGAAGAAGAUGAAGGACUGCGCCGAGGAGAUGGACGCCCUCGUCGGAAAAUGGCUCGACGAUCAUCGCCGUGAUCCCGUCGAUUAUUCCAGCAAGGAUUUCAAGCCGCGGGAUUUCACCGAUGUCAUGCUUUCCAUCGUCGAUAAGACCGACUUCAAGGCUGAUUACGAUGUCGACACUAUUAUUAAGUCGACAAUCAUGGCUUUGGUCGCCGGAGGGACGGACACUACUUCGAUCAUGAUCGUAUGGGCGUUGUCUCUACUAUUGAACAACCGCGAUGUCCUAAAAAAGGCGCAAGAGGAAUUGGACAACAAGGUCGGGAGAGAAAGGCUAGUGGUCGAAUCGGACAUCAACAACUUAGAGUAUCUCCAAGCCAUAGCCAAGGAGACAUUUCGAUUAUUCCCGGCCGGCUCCUUAGGCGGGCCGCGAGAAUUUUCGGAGGAUUGUGUGGUGGGAGGGUACCACAUUCCGAAAGGCACUUGGCUCAUCGUCAAUCUAUGGAAGCUGCAAAGGGAUCCGACGGUGUGGAUCGAUCCAACGGAGUUCAAACCCGAGAGGUUCCUAACAAAGCAUAAGGACAUUAGCAUCAAGGGAUCGGACUUUGAGCUGAUCCCGUUCGGCGCCGGGCGCAGAAUCUGCCCCGGCGCCGAUUUCGGGAUCCAAAUGCUGCAUUUGGGGCUGGCGAGGUUCUUACAAGCGUUCGAUUUCUCGAGCGAAUUGGUUGACAUGACGGAGAGCGCGGGAUUGACCAACAGUAAGGCUACGCCGCUGAAUGUUCUUAUAAAGCCAAGGCUCCCUUCUCAUCUCUAUUGAUCGAUCGAUCGAAAUGAAGUUUGUAGUAAUUUAAAAGCUUUGAAGCUUUAUUUGAAUUACACAUUUCGGGUUUGUAAUAAAAAAAAAAAAAAAAACAUAUAUAUAGGAAUGUAUGUUGUCGAGGAGUAGACACUAUUCCGUGCAAUAAUUUAUGUAAUUUUACAUUUUGGGAUGUUUUCGGUUACAAAUGAGGAUAUAUA